AAUCUGAAUCACAAAAAUCAUAAUUACUGCCCACUGCAUUGCAUUUGUGUUCCCUCUGUUUUCUCUUCUCUCUCCCUUUAUUCUCUGCCUCUGCCUCCAUUUUUAUUAUUUACUUUUUAAUCAUUUAUAUUUAAUUAGUGCUUCCGCCCUCCUCCAUUCUCUCUCGCUGCAUCACAUACAUCGUUUUCUCUCUCCCCUUUUUGACCUAAAUCCCUUUCUGCUAAUUCCGCGCAUUUUUCCGUCACGGAUUGCACACAAAUUGUGGUCAAUUGUCGAUCAAGAGGUUUCGAUUAACAUUGCUCGUGUUUUCGCUAUUAUUGCAAUUAGGAGUGUGGUGUUGAUUGUGAAGGUGCACUGCAUGUUCCGUUCUUGAGGAGAGGGGGUCCUCUGCUCCGAGGAUUCCCGUCGUUGGUUGUUCAGAUUCGUGCCUCUGUUCCAAGUUCGAGAGUUGCUCUGAAUUUUAGGGGUCGAAUUUCUGGGGGAAAUGUUUGCUUCAGUUGCGGAUACGGCAAGUGAGGGGAGUGGAGUUUUGAUUCCUCAGCGCUUUGUUUGGCCUUAUGGGGGAACCAGGGUGUUUCUUAGUGGUUCCUUCACGAGAUGGUCGGACCAUAUAGCUAUGUCUCCGAUGGAGGGAUGCCCUGCUGUGUUUCAAGUUGUCUGUAACUUAAUGCCGGGACAUCAUCAGUACAAAUUUAAUGUAGAUGGUGAAUGGCGGCAUGAUGAGCAGCAGCCAUCUGUAAGUGGGACCCAUGGAGUAGUCAAUACUAUGUGUUUAUUUAGAGAACCAGAUAUCUUACCUGCCUUAAAUACUGAAGCACCUGGUAGAUCCCACAUGGAGGUUGACAAUAUGGAAGCUAAUCCCAGGAUGCCUGUGUCUGAUCUGGAGGCCUCUCGCCACCGUAUAUCCGAAUUCCUAUCCACACAUACUGCAUAUGAUUUGCUUCCAGAGUCAGGGAAGAUCAUUGCCUUGGAUAUGAAUUUACCAGUUAAACAAGCAUUCCAUGUUCUAUAUGAACAGGGUGUAUCUAUGGCACCACUAUGGGAUUUUUGCAGGAGCCAGUUCGUUGGAGUCCUUAGUGCAAUGGACUUCAUUCUAAUAUUGAAAGAGCUGGGGAGUCAUGGUUCAAAUCUGACUCAAGAACAACUCGAGACUCAUACUAUCGCAGCCUGGAAAGAGGGAAAAUUACAACAAUACAGAACACUUGAUAGUAAUGGGGGAUCAUAUCCUUGGCGAUUUGUUCAUGCUGGACCCCAUGAAUGUCUAAAAGAUGUGGCUUUGAAGGUUUUGCAAAACAAGGUUUCAACCGUUCCUAUCAUCCAUUCUUCUUCAGAGGAUGGUUCAUUUCCUCAACUGCUACAUCUUGCAUCCCUAUCAGGAAUACUAAAAAGUAUAUGCAGGCAUUUUAAACAUUCCUUGAGUUCUUUGCCCAUUCUUCAACUUCCUGUGGGUUCAAUACCUUUGGGUACAUGGAUGCCUAAAGUUGGGGAUCCAAAUGGACGGCCACUAGCAAUGCUGAGCCCAAAUGCUUCUGUUGGUGCUGCUCUGUCUAUGUUUGUUCAAGCUGAUGUUAGCUCAAUACCGAUUGUGGAUGAUAAUGAUUCAUUGCUUGACAUGUAUUCAAGAAGUGAUAUUACUGCAUUGGCCAAAGAUAAAGCUUAUGCUCGGAUAUCUGUCGAUGAAAUUAGUAUUCAUCAGGCAUUGCUUUUGGGACAAGAUGCAAAUUCACCUUAUGGGCUUUAUCACGGCCACAGAUGUCACAUGUGUUUGAGAUCUGAUUCAUUGUACGAAGUGAUGGUGCGGUUGGCUAAUCCUGGGGUUAGGAGACUCGUGGUUGUGGAGGCUGGCAGCAAGCGUGUGGAAGGGAUAAUUUCUUUAAGUGACGUGUUCAGAUUCUUGUUAGGCUAGUUGGGAUUAUAUUAUAGCGGUGGUUGUUGCAUUGCAAGGGACUCGUUUGUUCUAUUUCUGACCUCCUUACUUUUCAGAGUCCUUGGUGCUUUUGCCCUCGUAUCAUAUGCUUUCUAGGAUACAGAGAAAAUUAUGUAAAUUGAGGAUCGUUUUUCUCCUUUAAACAUCUUUUAACCGAAUCGUUUUCUCCUGUGUGCCGGCACAUUUGCAAUUCAUGUGUCCAGUGCUAACAGAAAUCAAGGAGAAACCUUGGGUAAAAAAAAUAAAGAGUAGGAAAUGAUUAAAUAUAUAGCCCUGUACAGCACUAUGCUGUUGGUUGUAUCCUUGUAAUUUAAGGGUCUUCUUUUUCCAGACCAUUAUGACAUCAGAUUUCAGCUGACAAUCGGGAAUUCGUUCAUGAGUUCUGUGA